GCGGUUCGUAUCCGGGCUGUGAGGCGCACGGAGCCUCCGCGGACCCUGCUGCCUCUAUCUCUUCAACGCGAGAGGAAGCGAUGCAGAGGGGUGGAAAAUGGCAGAGCUGCAGAUGUUACUAGAGGAGGAGAUCCCGUCCAGCAAGAAGGCGCUGAUAGAGAGUUACCAGAACCUGACCCGGGUGGCGGACUACUGUGAGAACAACUACAUACAGGCUACAGACAAGAGAAAAGCUUUAGAAGAGACCAAAGCCUACACAACCCAAUCCCUAGCUAGUGUUGCUUAUCAAAUAAAUGCAUUGGCUAACAAUGUACUCCAAUUGCUGCACAUCCAAGCCUCUCAGCUUCGGAGAAUGGAGUCUUCCAUCAAUCAUAUCUCACAGACUGUGGGCAUCCAUAAAGAGAAAGUGGCUCGAAGAGAGAUUGGUAUUUUGACAACAAAUAAGAACACAUCAAGAACUCACAAAAUCAUAGCGCCUGCAAACACGGAGCGCCCUGUGAGGUAUAUUCGGAAGCCUAUUGACUAUACAGUGCUGGAUGAUGUGGGCCAUGGUGUCAAGCAUGGAAACAACCAGCCUGCGAGAACUGGCACACUGUCGAGAACAAAUCCUCCUACUCAGAAGCCACCGAGUCCUCCCAUGGCAGGCCAGGGAACGCUGGGACGAAAUACUCCUUACAAAACCCUGGAACCUGUUAAACCUCCAACAGUUCCUAAUGACUACAUGACAAGUCCUACUAGGCUUGGAAGUCAGCAUAGUCCAGGCAGGACAGCUUCUCUAAAUCAGAGACCGAGGACACACAGUGGAAGCAGCGGAGGAAGUGGCAGCCGAGAGAACAGUGGCGGCAGCAGUAUUGGCAUUCCCAUUGCCGUGCCUACACCCUCACCACCCACUAUUGGACCAGCAGCCCCGGGCUCAGCUCCUGGUUCCCAGUAUGGCACAAUGACCAGGCAGAUUUCUCGACACAACUCUACCACUUCCUCGACAUCUUCUGGUGGAUACAGACGGGCUCCCUCUGUGACGGCUCAGUUUUCUGCUCAGCCUCAUGUUAAAGGAGGCCCACUUUAUGCUCAGAAUUCAAUUGCUGACAGUCCGACUCCACCACCAUCCCCUCCACCAGAUGACAUCCCCAUGUUUGAUGACUCGCCGCCUCCGCCGCCGCCGCCACCGGUGGAUGAUGAAGAUGAGGAGGCUGCAGUGGUUCAGUACAACGAUCCCUAUGCAGACGGGGAUCCUGCUUGGGCCCCCAAGAAUUAUAUUGAGAAAGUUGUGGCAAUAUAUGAUUAUACAAAAGACAAGGAUGAUGAGCUGUCAUUUAUGGAGGGUGCAAUCAUCUAUGUAAUAAAGAAGAACGACGACGGCUGGUAUGAAGGAGUCUGCAAUCGAGUGACUGGUCUGUUUCCUGGGAACUAUGUGGAAUCAAUCAUGCACUAUACUGAUUAAAUUUUUGCUUUGAAAGUAGGUUCUUAUUAUCACUCAGUCAUACUGUGGGACUAUUAUGGUUAACAGAAUUGUCUUAAAAUGUUUAGAAAUGUGCCCAUAUUUUCAGGACAUGCUGUUUUAUUGGUAUAAUUGAAUGUCUGCCUGUAAGCAUACAUCUCUGAGGCAGUUGGUGUACUGCUAACGGCAGUCUCUACAAGAGGCUGGCCGUCACUGAUUGUGCUUAUAGAUGUACUUACACAAUGUUAACUUCAUGACCAGCCUAACUCUUCGGGGGUAUGGGGUGUAAUAUUUAACAGAUCAUGAUUCAGAUCGUGCCAUUACCUGUUUCAGUGCCGCAUGGUUACUAACGCUCUGUCAGACUAAUGUGAAAAUCAGAAAACUGAAAUGCUGGUGCUGGUCAUACUUUGUGUUUAGACUCUCUCAUUCUUGAAAUAUACUGUGUGUUGAAAGCAUGCAUACAGAGUUAUGUAUUCAAAUAUACUGAAAAAAUCCAAGAUGCUUCCAAUUUGUGUGAUACCUCCUUGGAGCACUGGUACUUAGGUCUCUUGAAACGAAUUGAGUCUCUAAGGUCUCCAUGUGAAACAAAAACAAAAAAAGGGUUACCUGUAAUGUUGUAGUUCAUACCUAAGUUUUUUAAUGAGUGAACUUGCAUUAUAAAUUUUUUCCAUUCAUAAAUACAUAAGUGAACCAAAGGUUUUUGUCCUUUCCUUCACUGCUUUGCUUUAAAAAAAUAGUAAUAAAUAAAAGAUACUGAUUUAUUGCAGAAUUAUGGUUCUAUUUUCUCAAUAUAUUAACUUGGAAAAAAAAUUUUAGCCUUAUCUCAACCUAUCCCAACAGCAGUGGCUGAUUUUUGCAGAAUUUAAAAUCCUGAGGUAGUUAUUUAC